UUGUUAUUUAUCUCUCAGGUAAAAUUAACUUUAUUCUCUACUCGAGUUCUUUUAGAAUGGCCGGGUCUAUCUGGUUUUUGUUUUAUCAAACUAUGCUACCCUCCCUGAUACUCGGCGAACUGAUCUGCAACCACGAUGGAGUGAAAUGUGUAGCGGAACCAUCUGGUUGCACUGCUGAUUGUGGCUACUUGCUGAUGUACAAAGCUGAGUCUGCUAGUACCACUUCGAUACAGAUAUCAGGGAACAGGUCAGAACAUAACCUCCUACCUCGCUACUCGGACUUGUGGCUCGCCUUUGGAUUCUCUCUGACUGGUCGAAUGGGGGGUAUGACCGCGUAUGUGUGUCAUAAGUAUGGUGAGAAUUACACUGCAACUAAGCGACCUACAAGGGGUCAGGGAAUGGGAACCCCAGUAACCAAUGUGGCGGUAGGAGCAGUAGACGGGGCUAUGGUGGACGGAGUUAUGACCUGUAAAUAUACGAUCAGCAACUCGGAUCUACCCUCUGGAAAUCUUAGGAUGGGUUAUGGGCUGGGUCCAGUGUCCAGUAAGGACGGUAUAUUGAGGAUGCACCAUCAGAUACCCAAGAAGACAACUCAUAGCUUCUCUCUUGUUCAGCAGAUCAGGGUUCACGGUGGUCCGUGUGGGAAGCCUGGUGUACCGGAGGGAUUGCUCACACCAAGCCUAGCCACGGUGGAGUCAGGAGGAGGGUACACAGUGUCUUGUAAUACAGGGUUCUUGUUGUCAGGCCCAGCUGGUGUCACGUGUAUUGAUGGAAUACUGUCUGAUCUACCCUCCUGCAACCACAGUCCAACAGAAAACGAAAGUCCUACGAGUCCUGGUAGUGGUACCGUUUCAAGAUCAGAUAGUGCUUGGCUAAACUACCAACUCUUAUUACUCAUGUUUUUAGUUUUACUCUCGAAUUUGUGAGGGAACUUAGAGCGUACGAAUUAAAACACACGAGGUUCAAUUUAACAUCAGUCACCCAUCAGGCAUCAUUUGCCUCAUGUUUAAGAUGUAGCGUAGUUGCUUUAAUUUGUUGAAAUGACUUUCUGGAACAAAAUGUUAAAUGUCUGACUAACUGAUCGCCAUAUUUUUCUUUUAGAAAAAACAAAAAGGAAACGAAAGGCCUCAAUCUGUAGAUCUGAAUAGUGGUGAACCUCAACCAUAUUUGUUUAGACAGGUGACAGUGACUAUAGACACAGUCUUAAUUUGUUAAUUAAAU